CGACGGCGUAAUGAGGAAAGUGUUGUUUUCUCCUGUGUGACGAGCGCAGACACAGAGAGGCGCCUUUUCUGAACGCGUGUCGUCGGGCAAAAACAACAAUAGCCUUCAAAUCCAGUAGGCCGACACUUGUCUACAGCCUAAACACACAUUCAUUUUACAGCAAUAGCAAAUCACUUCAACAGAAACCAACCAAUUUAAGCUAAUACCAACAACAACAUGGCUCCUAAAAAGAAGCGAGCGCCAAAUGUUGAUAAUGACAGCUGGGUCGUCAUCGCUGCUGACUCUGCCAUCGACACGCAGAAACCCGAGGACCCAGCGUUUGUGAGACUGAGGAAUCCUUCCACAGAUGCAGCAUCGCUGUAUAUGCUGAGCAGUGGUGACGCACAGCUGUUUGAGGUCAAAGCAUUUGACGAAGAUUUCCACUCGUGGUUUGUUGGCCAGACUGUACAGAGAGAUGGGAGACUUCUCUUUGUAACACCAAUGGAUCCUCUUUAUAUGAUUAUGCCCUAUUUGAUCAAAUCUGGCAAAGAGGGGAAGUUCCAGCCUGUGGAUCAAGUUGUUAUGGAUGAGGAAUUCCCAGCAUGCUCAAGGCUGCUGAGCUGCACACGUUCCCUGGCCUCCCUGCACCAAAUUGCCGAGGAAAAAGAGGUGGGAAAACUGACGUUCCAUCGAUACAGUCAAGAGAAGACGAUGAAUUGGUUGAAGAAAAAGGUGGAGAGGACAGCUAGUGUGCUCAAGGCGAGAAAUAUCUCUGUGGGAGAAGGUGUCAAAUCCUCAGUGUUUGUCAUAGCGAAGUCCGAGUCGGACUACCAUGACGAGGACUGCCUACGCUACGCUCAUGGCCUGAUAUCAGAGUACCUCAGCGAAGACCUGAGCAACGCCCUCCUCAAACACUUGCAGUUACCAGAGCUCACAAGCCCAAAGGAGACAGAACCUCCUUCCAAGAAGCGGAAACUUUCAGAAAAACCAGUGGAGGCCGGAGAGGACUAUACCAAAUUCAACAGUGCAGACUUUGCGCGGAAACCACCCAAGAAGAUGACAGCGGCUCAGAAAUCUCUGUCUAAGGUGGACAAGUCUGGCAUGAAAACAAUAUCAUCCUUCUUCAGCCCCAAGGCCAAAGCAGAAAAUAAAUGAAUGUUGUAUAGUUUCUGGUUUUGUAUAUGAAACAUUUGUAAUAAAGAAAAGAAAAUGUAU